AUGACGCGAAGCUUUCCAUUUGAUUGCGUCGUCGUAACAUCGCCCGAUGCUGCCUCUGCAGAAUCCUCGAAUGGUGCAGUUGAAUUCCUGAAACGAUACCUGAAGGAAACCUACGAGCAGGAAAUCCGGAUUGUCUCCACCUUUGAUCCAUUUGGAGCAAGAUGUGGAUCUGGAGGAGGAACGAUAGCUGCCUUGGAAUACGCCUCGCCUGAUGAAAGUAUUCUAGUGUUGCAUGCGGGUGGAGAUUCUUCCAGAUGUCCAACCCAGAUGAUUUUAGGAAAAGCAUGGACGAAUCUCCCUCAUCCAAAAUACCGCAAUCCAACAAUUUGGCUGGUUGACCAGUUGGUGGAUCUUUGCAGCGUAGCCCAAUUUCCAAAAGGUACAAUGGUUGUGGCAGCAACAGAUUGUCUAUUAAAGUUUUUUGAUAGUGGUGGCAAACUCCCAACAUGUAAUGCUGAGUACUCGGCCAAUACUGUGAUUGGUGUUGCGGUUCCAGCACUUUUGACAACGGCGAAGAAUCAUGGUGUCUACAUUAUGUCCGAACCGACUGGUGAAAUUAGUAGUGACCAAGCCCUUCGGAUAGAAAAUCCAUUAGCUGUCUGGCAAAAACCGUCAAUAGAGAAACUUGUUUCGACCGAGGAUCCGGCGAAUGCAAGCUUCGAAGAUUCAUUUGGAGAUCGUCGCGCAUGGAUUGAUACAGGGCUGGUCAUUUUUCUCCCUGGAGCUGCAGCAAGGCUGUUCAAGCUAGCAGACACUGGUUUGUCGCGGUGCACCAGAAAGGGUCUCGAGACAAUGUACAAAGGAGAACAAUCAAAGUCGUCACAAUCAUUGGAAGUCUUCGCAAAAGCAAAUGCGCUUAAGGUUGACUUAUACACUGACAUUCUUCACAAUCUUUCGUGGCCUGGGCAAGGUGCAAAGAAGGAUAACAGUACAAACCCUUUUGAAGAAAUGUUUUCGGACUUGCCUCUGAGGAUUUUGCUUGCUCCCAAGGGAGCAUUCUUGCACUUGGGGACGAGCUCGGAGCUUUUGUCAUUCAUGACGCAUUCGGUGUAUCCAGAGUUGCAAUCCCGGAGCGACUUACCAUCUGAUUUGGGUCACUUUUCUUUUUUCCAAUCAUCAUUCCAGUGUUUGGAUUGUCCAAAGCAGACCAAAAGUGUUGCUCUACAUUCUACUUUCCCGCCUAGUACAAGUAUUGGAACUGGUAGUUUGGUGGAGUACUGUGAUUUGGCGAAGUAUGUAGCGGUGACUAUUGGUGACAACUGUAUCCUUAGCGGCUGGAAAGAUCUAGGAGAAGGCGAAUCGUCCCUCAUGAUACCUUCGAAUAUCUGCGUCCAGCAAUUGACACCCAAUGCUGAAACUGGAGAUUCAAAUGAGACUGUUUUCAUGGUAUACGGUACCAAUGAUUCCAUCAAAUCACCACGAGAGGAUUCAACUUUGUACGGAGUUCCUGUUGAUGACUUUCAACAACUGAGCGGUAAUUUGCUGGACGAAUUGGGCUGGCCAAGUGGAACCGGAAUGUGGACUGCUCGGAUACACCCAAGAGUCCGAGCUGGCACGUCGUUUGAAGCUGUUUUCGGUUGGCUCAAAGAUAUUAGAGACUCGAAACAAUCCUUCCUUCAAAACGAAAGCUUUCAAUUGUGGCGUCAGUCUCCUCGGGUGAGUCUGAAGGAGCUUCACGGUAUUUCAGAUGCUAAUGCAGAAUGGGCGUUCCGGCGAAAUCUUGAGCUGGCAGUUCUCCGAAGACAACAAGCAGAUUUCAUUCCAAGCCUGCAGAAAGCACUUACGCAGCGAUCUCAUGACGAAGUCUGUGACGUCCAAUGGUUAUACGAACUUGGAGAGGAUGAAGCGGAGAAGGAGCUUUCGAGGUUACUUGAAGCUUUGGAGGACAGUUUCCUUAGUGAAAUUGAGGUUGAGAACUAUGAUAUUUGUGGGAGAUCAUUAAUGCUCGCAAGCGUUCUGGUUUCAGAGUUUCUCACCUCGCGAAAGAAAGUCUUAGUCAAAAAGGAAGCCGAUCAAGAUCAAAUUGGUCCCUCUGUUGCUCGAACGAUUAUGGCACCCAGCUCUGUGCAGAAGGAUCCAAAGAGUCAUUCAAAGCAAGCUCUGUGCACUCUGAAAGAGGAAAGGAGAAAUUGCGAGUCUGCCUUCAAUCUCUUAUUUCUGGAGGAAUACUCGGAAAUUCUUGAAAUGAUCGCCCUCAAAAUGAACGAGAUGUGUGUUUGCCAAGUAUCAGAUAGCGCAUCCGAAGAACUGGUAAGGAGAAGAGAGGGCCCUUCAUUUGGAGUUUGGGUAAUUGCCUCUUCGCCAGUUCGAAUUGACAUUGCCGGCGGCUGGAGUGACACACCGCCCAUAUGCUACGAGUACGGCGGUUCGGUGACGGGGAUGGCUGUUCUGGUCGAUGACCAUAUGCCCCUUUCCUGUCGCUGUCGCAUAGUUCCAGAAAAGUCAGGCCUUCUACUUCGCAGUGAAAGCAGAGAGCUUGGUACUGGUUCCCUAUCCUCGGCCAUUGAAGUGGAGGUUUCGGACAUUCAGCAUUUGGGCGACUUCAGGGAUCCCAGGGCAGAUUGCGCUCUUCUCAAAGCCGCCCUGAUUGUUCUCAAUCUUGCAAAAGAAGCUGAUAUCGAAUCUGGUGCCAGGAUACAAGACCUACUCGAUAAAUUUUGCUCCUCAACUGAAUCAACGCGGUUGGAGGUGGUUACGACAUCUCUUUUGCCACAAGGCUCAGGGAUGGGAACAAGUUCUAUCCUUGCUGGGUGCAUCCUUGGUGCAGUGGCUAAAUGUGUCGGCAUUGGAGACCUGGAUGAAAACCAAGUGGUGAAUGCUGUCCUCAUGGCGGAACAGUUGCUGUCAUCUGGAGGUGGGUGGCAAGACCAAGCAAAUGGACUUGUACCAGGAAUUAAAACUCUUCGCUCAAGAGCGAAUGAGUUGCCAGUGAGCGUUUCAAUUGAAAAGCUUCCAGUUGAUACCAACAGUCUAUCCAUAUUGGAGAAAAGACUGGUAUUAGUAUUCACUGGUAAGACUCGAUUGGCAAAAGGUAUAUUGCAAAAGGUUCUACGGCGAUGGGCGCGGAGAGAAUCUGAUGUCCUUGAUACUGUGAAAGGUCUCGUCGAAUGCUCUGAGCAUGCUAGAUCUCUGCUGCUUGAAGGUAGAGUAGAUGAACUUGGGGGUAUACUGACCACGUACGCUGAGCUGAAAGUUAAGAUGGCUGGGGAAGACGCGGGCGUGGAGCCAGAUGUUGUGAAGAAGCUUGUACAACAUCUUACCGAAAAGGCAGCCAUCACGGGUCAUGCACUAUGUGGUGCAGGCGGCGGGGGUUUCCUGGCGAUGCUUGCAUCGCCCUCUUUUGACAAGAAUUCGAUCCAGAGCUUGGUUGAGACCGAAUUGUCACCGCAGGCCGAACGAGCUCUUUUCACAUGGCAUAGUUGCAAAAUUUCUGACACUGGAAUGAAAGUCUCCAUUUUGAGGCCGAAGGAUAUCUCUGCUAGUGACUUUGAUUUGACAUGGCACAGACUGUAG